AUGGAGGCAGCGGUAAUGCGCAAUUCGCCCAAGAUGGCCAACGGUGGCUCCCACCCACACAAUGCCAAUGGCGCAACAUAUGUCCCAGAUAGUCAUACAUACAGCGCAGAUGGCUCAGACAUUGGGGACUACGUCAAAGAUAUGGAUUACGAGUCUGUUGCGGAGCCAGGGCAGUCCAAGCCCUCAAGGUCCAAAUCAAAAGCAAAGCAAGGCCCACCAGGAGGAUCCUUUUCGGCCAGAGCUCUUGAUACAGAUAUGAACUAUACUACUCGUAAGUCGGCCCCUGACUCACCUCUGGGCUUUUCGGACGAAUCAAAUACGCCUCGAGGUCUUCCACCCACUUCCAACACCUCGGAAGCAGAGGUGACCGUCCAAGAAAACGAAGAAUCGACACAAUCAGAAGCCCCUACACGUCCAAGUACGCAAUCGCUUCCGAGUCGCUCGAAUACCAUGCGCUCUACAUCAUCUUCCCAACGCCGAGAUUGGGCACCAGAUCGCUCCCCUCUCCAGAAGCUCGAAGUCACUCUGAAUGGAAUCAGUAAAGAAGAAAAACGCGCACGGGUCCAGGAAGCGGAAGCGCGACUUCGAGAGCGUCUGGCCCGUCAAAAGGUGGAAAAAGAGCAAGCUGAGGCAGCAUCGAAGAUGUUGGCGACUGCGACUGCUGCUGCUGCUGCGGCCGCCGCUCCCAGACCUAGCUCAAAACAGAGCUCAUAUCCAGAAAACAGGCAAUCCACUAGCGCAACCCGAGACCGGGAGCGUAUGGGUGUUAUGCUUGAAGACACCGCACGAGACUUACCCCCAAAUCAACGACAGCCGAGAGGAGCCCCAGUGCGUCACGACAGGAAUAUUCCGAUAAAUCCUCAAUAUUCGGGGAUACAGAGACCCGAAGAAGUCCAGUAUGCGCGUGCAGAAGUCGGUAUUCCACAAACCGCAAGAAUGGGUCAAGUUCCUCGAAGAUCGGUAACAGUAAGUGGCCCAGCCGCAAAGCCUGGGCCAUCUGGUGAGAACAUGAGACAUACCCGCUCAGUCUCUACACAAGGAGCUUCCAAGCAACGAAACUUUGUUGCCCCAAUUGCUGCUCCGGUCGCCGUCGCUGCCGUCGCUCCUGUCAUCUUGAGUGAAGAUACUGUUGAGACCCCACCGGCCGCACGAAUGGUUCAAGGAAGUGCCCAGUCGCUCCCCAAACCAAAAAAACAAACAGUAUCAUUUAAUGUACCACCGCCGACCCCUCCCCCCAUUUUUGAUUGGAAAAACGCACCUAUUGCACGUCUAGGAGCGACAGACUUUGACUUCCAGAACCUGGACAUGGAUCGAAGUAAGGCAUGGUGGGAAGGCGGCGGUACCAAAGAUCGCAGAAAGAGCAGGGCUCUCCCUAAGAAUUACCAGACACCAGCCCAGAAGCUCACAGGAGUUACUCAACACAAGAGUUUUGAACCGAAAUUGUUUCUCCAAUGUGGUCCAUUGUUGCGGUACACGGGAAUAAAAAAGGUUAACGUUACCGGACCCCAGGGCACCAUUGGCAAGGAUAUCUGGCGAGGCUCCAUUCUGAUUGUGACAAGAGACUCUCGUUCUUCCUAUGAAAACCCGCCUACAGUGCGCAUGUUUUCUCAACCAAUGAACCUUCUUCCCCCUCCACCCGCAGAGAUCAGCCGGGAGGAUGGUGUACAGCUCGCGCCUGAAUAUAUUGAUCCUACUGCUGGACUAAUGAAAGUCGGCCGAGAUGGUCGACCGCUUUAUGUUAAACCAGUCGAUCAUCUCGAGGAAGAAGUUGACCUGUCUGCGGUGGAGAAUGACGAUGGUCUUUACGAAAUGAGUCCGAGCAAUGUCGAUUACAAGCCCGAGGGAUCUGGCCAACCAAUCCCUGCGAAUCGUAUUCAUGCCACCGAUGGUGAAAGUGCUAGCUUAUACCGAGAAAUCGCUGGUGUCCGCCUUUACGCUGACGCUGCAAGGGACGUCACAUUCUGGCGAUUCAGUCUCGAGGUAGAGCUCGGUACAACUCAACAGCGUAUUGCUUACCGCGUCAAUCAGGGCCCUGCCCUAGGAUUCUGGGUGCCAGCCGCUGGACAGCCCAUGAACAUCAUGUACCACAGUGGCAAUGGUUUCAGUCCAUCUGCCGACUCCAACCCCCUUUGUGGACCUGAUCCUUUGUGGCGCGAUAUUCUCAACGAGCACCAGACUCAGCCAUUCCAUGUGAUGAUUGGCGGUGGUGACCAAAUCUUCAAUGAUACUGUCACCACAGAGUCCCAUUUCUUCCAAGAAUGGACCAAGAUCAAGAAUCCCGCCGAGAGAUAUGGGAUGCCCUUCACCCCAGAAUUCCGUGCUGAGGUCGAACAAUUUCACUUGCAUCGCUAUGCUUCAUGGUUCUCGCAGGGUCUUUUCUCCCUUGCCAAUUCGCAAAUCCCUAUGGUCAAUAUAUGGAACGACCAUGAGAUUUUUGAAGGGUACGGCUCUUACAAUCAGGAGUUUAUGCAAAGUAUGGUCAUCUCAGGCUUGGGAAGAAUUGCGUAUAAGUACUACUUAUUAUUCCAGCACCACAGUGUUCCAGAAGAGACCGAGGCAGAUGAGCCUAGUUGGAUUCUUGGUGCUCACCCCGGUCCUUACAUUGAGCAAAAGAGUCGAAGUCUUUUCAUGUCUUUGGGUGGUGAUGUGGUUCUCUUGGGCCUGGAUUGCCGAACUGAAAGGACAAGCACCGGGGUUCUCAGUGAGGAGACUAAUGAGCUGAUUUGGGAUCGAUGCCACCAAGAGAUAGCACGAGGAGAAACUAAACAUAUGAUUGUGCUCUGCAGCGUACCUGUCGCCUACCCUCGCGUGCCUAUGCUCAAGAACUUUAUGAAUAGUCGGAAGUCACUAGGAAAGUCCGGCAAGCUUGGUGGACUUGUCAACCGCUCAGGUGCAAAUGUGGAGGUAUUUGAUGACCACUGGGCUGGCAAGCAACUGAAGUCUGAGCGAACAUGGUUGGUGGAAGAUCUGCAAGAUUUUGCCGCUGAGAAGUCUAUUCGGGUCACAAUUCUGAGUGGUGAUGUUCAUCUAGCUGCUAUUGGGCAAUUCUAUUCGAAUCCAAAAUUGAACAUUGCGAAGGACAAGGACUAUCGAUACAUGCCCAACGUUAUAUCGUCCGCCAUCGCCGACAUCCCGGAGACAGAGCUGAUCUCAGAUAUGCUCAACAGGCGCAACACAGUGCAUCAUAUCGACUCAAACACAGACGAAGACAUCAUUCCCAUAUUCACCCAAGAUGUCGACGGCAAGUCUCGAAACAACAAGCGAAUGCUACCCCGACGAAACUGGUGUUCCAUCAGAGAAUACCACCCCGGUUCAACACCUAUUGGAACGCCCGACUCCGGCUCCAUGACACCCACCCCAGAGCCUCGCCCCAAUAAACUUCAACGAACCCUGUCAUUGGGACGAGGAGACAGGUCCACUGAAACCGGCCCCAGCAAAGCCGGUGGUCUGUUUAGGCGGCUCUCCGGACGUGGACCACCACCCACGAGAGCAAUGAGCUUUGGCCGCGAAGCUGGCAUGCCUGCUCGACGAGCUAGUAUCGAUUCCACCGCCAUUUCUCGCCCUACAGAGAGUGGAGACAGUUACUUCCCAGGGAUAACGCAAGAGCCGCAGCCUGGUCGUUUCCACAGACGACCAACCAACCUGAGCGAAAAGACCGUCAGAAAAUCCAAGCAAGGCGAUGAUGGCAUGGGCGCAUUCGUAGACCUCGAGGGAGGCCUAGCAAUUACCUUGAACAUGGAGGUCAGCCCACAUGAUCCAGCAGGAAUCACAGUGCCAUACAAACUUCUUGUGCCUGCUUUAAGCUACGAGGGUGAUGGAGACGAACCACUGCCCACACCAAUUGCCAAGGGCUGGCGAAAAUGGUUGAACAUGCCGCGUCGAAAGAAGAACACUGCCACAGCCGGUGAUUACGAUGAAGAGGAGGAGUACGACGACGACGAAGAAGAUCCCGAUGACUACGAGGAUGAUGAUACUUUGAAUAAUACUCGCGCGAAUGCAGCAACCGCGCAGCAGCAUUACUACGAGGGCUACCCUGGCAGCGAUGAUUCUGAGACGGAAGUGCCUCAGCGAUUGCCGGCAGAGGCUCUAGCAGAUUCCUCACCCGAAGAGGAAUACGACGAUGAGCCUGCGCCGAGAAGGAAAAAGAAGUGGUUUGGGAUGAAAUGA